GUUAUUAGAUGAGAAUAAUUCAAAUUGAAAAUGGUGCAGGUGAGACAGCUCGGAUUCUGGUUGAAUUCCUGGAGGUGGCAAUCACUUCAAUCGUUUUCCUCAAAGGAAUUUACCCUCCAGGUGCUUUUGAAAGAAGGAAAUAUAUGAAUUUGGUGGUUCAUAGCGCUCGUCACCCUGAACUCAGGGAUUAUAUCCAUUCUGCUGUCUCGGGACUUCAUCCUUUCAUCCAAAAGGGUCUGGUGGAAAGAGUAGCAGUUAUUUUCUUUAACAGUGAUAGCAUCCCUGUGGAAAGAUUUAUGUUUAAGCUCACUGUGAAUCAGUCUUAUGGCUCAAGGGUGGAAGAAGCUGACCUGGAGUUCUCACUAAGGUCGUUUUUUAUCAAGCUUCCUUUCUCAGAAUCCCUUACACGGGUUCUUCCCCAGGAUUGCAGGUGGGAGAUAACCGCGUACUUUCAAUCCCUUCCUCAGGCAAGCACAAGUAAGGAUGCAGAGUUGUGGAUUCCAACAGACACACAGCAGGGGCAACAGCCUCCAUUAAUAACCCCUAUUAAAUCAUGAUCACACUGUCCCAUAAACUUACUGCUCAAUAAGUAAAUUACGCUUGCUUUCUGCAUUUUGGUAUAUAAACCACAAGAAUUCAGUGCUUAGUGUUGUAAAGUUGUUAUCCAAUUAGAAUGAGAUUACAGGGUACAAAGGUAGAAAUUUUGUGGAAGAUGAAGGGAAAAGCAUAAGCACAACACUCUAAAGAGGAUUCCGAGCUUCUACAUUUACAUACGGUGCAUUUAUCAUGUGACAAACUGGAGGUGAUUAACAUAUGACAUUACAAUUUACAGUAUAUUAUGAGAUAACAAAAUUACUUUUUUGAUAGCUAAAUGUAUUUUCCUUUUA